UUAAAUAAACGUGACUCUUCAAAAUAGUUGACAAAGUUUAUCUUGGAGCAUGUGCCAUUUUCGUUUAUGAAAAUGUGUGAUCUAGAUAUUGAGCUAUCAGAAGCUGAUAAUGACACAAGGAUAGUCGCCGUAGAACGAGAAUUGGAGGAAAUCGACCUUAAAAUCUCCCAGUUAAGAGCUCGUCGGAAGCAACUAGAACAGUUACAAGAACGCUUACAUAUCCAUAAAGUACAAGAGAAUUCAAAUUUGCUUGUCGAGAAAAAAUGGGACGCGGAGAACUUUCAUUGGUCGGAUCGAGUUCGAACAGUGCUGAAGGAUGUAUUUCACAUGGAGAAAUUUCGGGCUCAACAGUUAGCGGCUAUAAACGCAGUUCUUUCACAAAACGAUGUCAUACUUUUGGCUCCUACUGGCGGGGGGAAAAGUCUUUGUUAUCAACUUCCGGCGCUGGUUGCGGAAGGUAUUACCAUAGUUGUUUCUCCGCUAAUAUCAUUAAUGGAGGAUCAAGCUUGGGCGUUGAAAAAAAUAGGAGUCAAAGCGGAAUACAUAUGUGCUACCUCAGAUAAGGAAUUAGUAAACAGUGUUCAUAAGAUGCUUCGUGAAGGCAAUGACAGCGCAAUAAGGCUUCUAUACAUCACGCCCGAGCGAAUAGCUAAGAGUAAUCGCUUUAUGCUAGCACUCCAGAAAUGUUACAACAUUAAAAAAUUAGCUUUAAUUGCUAUCGAUGAAGUCCAUUGUUGCUCACAGUGGGGUCACAACUACCGGCCAGACUACAAAAACCUGUGUGUAUUAAAGACUAUGUUUCCGGAUGUGCCUUUAUUGGGAGUAACAGCAACAGCCACAACAAAAGUUAUAGCGGACGUAAAAAAAAUGCUCAAUCUACGCGAAUGUCUUAUAUUAAAUGCUCCCUUCAACCGACCUAAUCUGUACUAUCAUGUUUUGGAAAAACCAGCAGAUAAAGAGGAAUUACACGACUUUCUUGCUAGUUUAAUUCGAAAGAAGUACCGUAAUAUGAGCGGUAUUAUUUACACCUAUUCUAUUAAGGACACCGAAGAACUGUCAGUGCAGCUCCUUCAGCGAGAAGUGAAAGUUUUACCUUACCACGCCAGUUUGGCAGCAAAAGAUCGAACUAAAACUCAUAAAAAGUGGAUGCAAAAUGAAAUUCAAGUGAUUGUGGCUACGAAUGCAUUUGGUAUGGGAAUCGAUAAACCAGAUGUUCGAUUUGUGAUUCAUCACACUUUGUGCAAAAGUAUGGAGAGUUUUUACCAAGAGAGUGGCCGUGCCGGUCGAGACGGCAAGCGUUCGGACUGUAUUCUGCUAUACCGAUUUCAAGAUAUAUUUCGUCUUUCCACGGUAAUAUUUAGCGAAUACGAAGGUUUAGAAAACGUUUACUCAAUGAUAAAGUACUGUAUUAAUGGCAAAGACUGUCGCCGAAAGCUAAUCUCGAGAUUUUUCGCUGAAGUUUGGGAAGAUACGGACUGCGAUCGAAUGUGUGACCGCUGCUACUAUCGGGAUAAGGUUCAGCUUCCUGAGCAAGAUAUAAACCCUCACUACAACACACUGCUUGCGAUUCUUCGCCGAGCAGAGACAUUGAAAACAAAGCUAACAGCAUUGAAGUUGGUAGACGCUUGGUAUCAUAAAGGAAGCCCUAAAAACCGUCUGGAACAACCUCCACCAUUGAUGGAUAGAUACAUCGGUGAACAAGUAGUGGCUUUCCUAAUUGUAAACGGUUAUCUUAAGGAAGAUUUUCAAUAUAAUCAAUACUCGGCAAUCAGCUAUAUUACAAAGGGAACCGCUUCGGUUGGAAAGAGUGGAAUUCGGUUUCAGGCGGCCAGAGUACUUCGAAUUCCUGUGGAAUCUAGUACAGAUACUUCUACCUCCAGAACUAGUCUGCCGGGUGAUAGUUUUGAGACAGCAUCUGUAACAUCAAGUACUAAUAGAGCGGAAAAAUCUAGCAAAACUAGUUUAGCCAAACGAAAAGUUUUGUCCGAAAACGAAGAUAAUGAUGAAUAUGAGAGUUUUUCAUCAAGAGGCUUAUCUAGUGUGUCCAGUUCCAAUAGCACUCUCAUUAGCAACGAUUGUAGGACAGAUAAGCGUCGCCGUAAAGCGGAUUCUUCAAAUUGCCUGCAGAUUAGCGAACUAGUAGCAUUGAAAAGAGAUGAAAUGCGUAAUAGUGCUAGGGAACUAAAUAAAUCUUAUGAAGACGAAGACGUUCUUUUUGUUCCCAUAGAGGAUGAAGUUAUCGAGAUUGAUGAAUAGUUCUAGAUGGAUUACGUUUCCUUUUGGUAUAGUAUAACAAAAAUAAAACCACCUCGAAAUGCUUGGAUUCUGUUAAACGGGAUUAUGCAAUU